AUAUCAUUGUUCCGUGCGCGGUGUUUCGUUUCGUGGCCCAUGGUAAACGUUCCUAUUGUUUGUGAUAGGCUGUAAGUCAGAACGAUGCCACCAACCCGGAAACCGUCGGAUGGUCUGCUGGCGCGGGUUAAUUUCCCGCUGUAUUCAGUGGAAAUGCUGACCAGCCGUCACGUUCUGGUCGCUGGCGGUGGUGGCGCUUCGAAGACGGGAGUUGCUAAUGGAUUUGAAAUCUACGAAAUCUACCACAACGGCGAAAAGUACGUGGCCGACGAGGUGCUACGGCACGAAACGGGACCCACAGUCGUGAUGAACUGCGCCGUUAAGACGGACGAAAAGCGUACGCUGCUGAUGGCGGGUCAGGAAAGCCACUGCCAGAUGUAUUUCGUGAAUACGCGCAUCGACAGUGGUGAACACGCCGGUUCGCCCACGGCCCCGGCAGGGAACAAAUCCGAUCCCACGACCGAGGGACUGCGUAAGCGGCGCAGUAUUUCCCAGCAACGGUCUCUGUCGGCUGAAGGGGAAAAGGUAGACAAAAACGGAACCACGGAUCAACCGAACCCGGCACGGAAACAGAUUCGUUUCGACAUCAAGACGGCGGACUCGGUGCAGACCGAUUUUACCGAAUCGGAACCGCUGCAGCGCGUUGUGCGCAUCAGCCCAAACGGACGGUUCAUGGCGACGGGCGGAAUGGAUGGCCAUUUGCGGGUGUGGAGUUUUCCGAAACUAACGUGCCUGUCCGACAUCGGGGCGCACACGAAAGAGAUCGACGAUCUGGAUUUUAGCCCCGACAGCAAACACAUCGUUUCGAUCGCCAAAGACGGGUUGGGCAUUAUCUGGUCGAUCGGUAGCGAGAAGGAGGUGAAGAAGCUGACCUGGAACCCACCGGCCAACUGCCGCUAUUUGCUGAAGCGCUGCCGGUACGGAGUGGUUGAGGGCCAGAAGGACAAGUGCCGAUUGUUUACGCUGGCGAACCCGUUCGCCAAGUCGGGCAAGGCGAAGGGACUGCUGCAGCAGUGGGACCCCGAUUCCGGCCGGUUGACGGCGGUGGUCGAGAUUGACGAAUCGCUCGCUGCGUUGACCGUUCGAGACGAUGGCCGUUUCGUGGCGGUCGGUACCAUGUUCAGUGGAUCGGUCUCCAUCUACAUUGCCUUCAGCCUACAGCGGGUGCUACACAUUCCGAAUGCUCACGCGAUGUUCGUCACUGGCCUGGAGUUUUUGCCGGUGACAAACUUCGACGGUCCAUCAAUUACGGGCGACACGGAAGCGGCCGUACUGUCGAUCUCCGUCGAUAAUCGCGUUUGCAUUCACAGCUUACCCUAUCGACACUCACUGCCGGCAUGGGUCGCAAUAUUCGCAAUCAUCACUAUCCUGUUUCUCACGUUUUGCUUCUGCUCGUACGUUGGCCUGUAAGAGCGUGGAAAUGGGACUGCCUUCAGCGAACUGACAACAAGGUGGAGAAAAUAAACGGCGAAACUACAAGAAGGGACAUCCUCGGCGGAAAGGACCUGACUCGGUUAGAACAUUUUAAUGAAUCACAAGUGACCCGCCAUCGCUUGCCUAUCCUACCUAGUACGAUCGCGGAUUUGAUGAAGGGAAGGGACAUUGACCAAUUGUUGUAGCACCCCCGGUAUUAGCACAGCCUUGUAUCCCUUAUUAUUUUUACUUUUCCUGUUUUUUUGCACUUCCCAAACGUCAAACGAAAGCCUUUAUUUAUUGUAAACACUUAAACACAUAUGUAACACU